AUGUCCCCGAAUUUGAGCGCCAUAGCGGACGACUUUGGCUUUGACGCGCUCCAGCGUGAUAAAAAGCUUGGUGGAGACAUUGCACUAGCUUUUUUUGUCUUGGGGGCUCCAGCCUCUUUUGUGGUGGGCUCUUUGGCUGAUUCGUUCAAUCGACCAAAACUUUUCGCCUGGACCGUGGGCAUUGGAGAAGGGGCGUGCUUGGCUACGUAUUGGACGACCACAUAUCCUCAACUUUACGUGUGUAGAGCAGUGACGGGUUUUAGCUUGGGUGGAGCUUUGCCUUUGAUUUAUUCGGUACUGGGUGACUUGUUCGCGGCCGAUGAGAGACAUUCAGUAAGUGCUGUCGUCGGAAUAGGCACUGGACUUGGGAUAUCCUUGGGACAGGCCAUUGCUGGGUUUCUGGGUCCAGCCUUUGGUUGGCGGCUGCCAUUUUUGGUCGUGAGCAUCCCAGCGCUGUUAUGUGCUGCGGGAGUCUUGCUGGCCGUCGACGAUCCGGAACGGGGGUCCAUGGAAGAAGCUGUUCGAGGCCAGCAACUUGGAAUACUACAAGCAAACGACAACACCGCCUCAUCCGUAGAAAUGACGCCUUUUGAACUAACGGACACGGAGCAGACGAUGCUUUCCGAGGUAAAUCCGGGCACCGACGACAGUGCUACGAAUCCGUCUACAAAGGGUUUGCAAGCACAUUGGAUGACUUUCAAGACGCUGCUGUCUACUCCAACUUUUGUUCUAAUGCUCAUGCAAGGAGCUCCAGGUUGUUUGCCUUGGGGUGUCAUCAACUCGUAUCUGAAUGAUUUUCUCUCGGAGAAUCGAGGGAUGAGUGUAGAGAAUCGUUUUCAGUUUGCCACGCUUACAAUUUUGAUUUUUGGGGUCGGCAAUUUUCUAGGUCUCAUUCUCGGAGGGGGUGGUGGAAUGUACUUGUAUCGUCGAGACAAGCGCUAUCCUGCGCUGUUGGCGGGUUCGAUGGCUGUCGCGGCAUGCUUUCCGCUGUGGGUACUGCUCAAUGACGUGGACAGCUCCAGUUCCUUCUUGAAAAUAGGGAGUGUGUCUAUUUUUGCCGGAAUUACGAGCGGAUCGACAGGACCGAUAGUGAAGGCUACCCUGCAAAAUGUGACACUCCCGCAAUCUCGCGGCCAAGCAUUCGCUCUGUUCAAUACGUUUGAUGACUUUGGGAGAGGGCUAGGACCUGUUUUUGUGGCCAUGCUGAUUGAAAGAAUGGGUGGUCGGACACCAGCCUUCAAUGUAGGCGUACUUGGAUGGAUGGUUUGCGGAGUCCUUAACUUAUGCGUCUUUUGGACGGUCGCCGUUGACGAGGGACAAAUGCAAUUCCGGUUCACAAGUAGUUUGAGGAGGCGGCGCUCUGAGCAAAGUUCAGUAGACGAUUCCGACCGCGUCAUAGUUUAG